AUAACAUCGCGACCAACCUAACGCAUCUAGAGGGAAAGAUGUUCUCGGAACGGUCUUGAUUGAGCUGUGCUUCGUUGCCCACCUUGAAUCUCUCGAGAACCUCAACUUCAUUCCCCCAAGCAUCGUCAUUUUUCGUUACUGUCUGUGGCCUCUUGUAUAACCUCGUCCGUGGUGUUGUGCUUUUGCCGCCCUCACCUUGCUUUCGUUCCCUGCGCCAUCGUUUUUUGUUAUUCACGGACCUGACCCGAACACGACCUUCACCACCACGAUUCCAACCUCGAAUGUUUCUUCCCCCAGUCACAACGAUCGAUACACCCCCCGAAUACAUAAUUCUAAUGACAUCCGGACAGCAGUAGCGACUCUGUGCGGCUUCAAUCCUAAAGUCUCGUCCAUCACCCGAAAGCGGCAAGAAGAGCCUAGUAGAGCUUGUUUUGCUGGAGAAGAAACUUUGGAAGGCUUCAAGGAUAACCGAUCAGCACUCAACCGUCAGCGGAUCCCUUCGCUCACAUAGCUUUCUCGGAAAAUUUGAGCUCAUAUCGAGCCCUACUUGCUCCAUCAACACUACAGGCGCUAUGUCGCCCGCGACCUCGGUCGUUGCGGGCCAGUUGAGGCAGCUCAUCCACUACCACAUCGAUAACAACCUCAUAAAUAACGCUCUGUUCUAUGCCGAGCGACUGGCAGCUUACGACCGGACGACGAAGCUAGCUGAGAAUGCAUAUUUGUUGGCUCUGUGCCAUCUACGUCUCGGUGACAACGCCUCAGCGUACGAGUACAGCAAACCUGGAACAGCCAAAGGACCGCAUCUAGGGUGUGCUUAUGUAUAUGCGCAAGCAUGCUUGGCACUGGAAAGAUACAAAGAAGGCAUAACGAUUUUGGAAAAGUCAAGAGCAUUGUGGGGAGGAAAGAAUAGUUUUGGCAAACAUACACAAUAUACCAAGCAACCUUACGCAGACGCUGCAGCAUUCAGUUGCUUACUGGGGAAGCUUUAUCAUGGGUACGACAACAAACAGAGGGCUAUCAGUUGCUUCGAGGAGGCGCUGAAGCUGAAUCCUUUCAUGUGGGAUGCAUUCACGAGUCUUUGCGAUAUGGGAACCAGCGUCCGAGUCAACAACAUAUUCAAGAUGAAUCCCGAAAUGGAGGCUUUUUUGAGAGUCGGUAUGCAUGACCAACGGGACUUCCAGGACAGUUUUACAAGCUCGAGGGACCUCAGUAAUCCGCCAAGCUUAGACCACGAACGGACUCGAUCUGGCGUACAGCCUGUACCCAUCGUCAACGAUGCGUGUGAUCCAUUUAAUAAUGUUCCAUCUAAAUCUUUCACCGGAGGGCUAUUCAGUGCAAUCGGCAUGUCACAAAAGCUAAACGAAAGCAAUCCUAGCUUGACAAAUUUGCCUGGGGUAGGUGGAGGAGGCAUUGGGCCUGAUGCACUGGAAACUCCAACUGGGCCCAGUGCGUCAUUAGAUGUCACUUUAAUCCCAAGCCGCAAAGAAACUGGAGUGAUUUCUGCCUAUACAAAUGAACCACCACAAGCUCCAGUGAGAAAGUCCCGAGUGAUUCAAGGUCUGGGAAUGGACUUCAGUAUGGAUGCCCCGAAAUUGAGUCGAGGUCUUCCACCAAAACGCACCAAGAAUGUGGUUGAACCUGCAGAGGAAUCGGCGGCUACACGAGCUCUUCGACAUUCGAAUCUCGAUCCUGCGCCUACGGAAAGGAAAAGAACAGUUUCUGGACAGGUUGUACCACGGCAAACAUCAGAAGACCCUGGAGCACCACAGAGGAGGAGCAUCAGGUUGUUCAAUCGUGGCCCAACCACUAGAUCUACUGCGAACGUUGCAACGGUUGGACCUGCGCCAGAUAGGCAAUUAAAGAAAGCAAGACCGCCAAUCUCUAAAAUCAUAAGGCCCAAUUCGACUGUGUCUACUGUUGGCAGACAGGUUAGUGGCAAUAGAAAGCCUGUGGAAGACAUCAUGGAGGUUGACCAAAGAGAAACUGCACGCACCGCUCCCCAACCAGUUCCCACUCAACAACAGAGAUCAGCUGAUUCAGACGAGCAAGAGAAGGGAUUGGAGUAUUUGUUGCAUCUUUUCCGAAAGUUCGGUAAUGGCUAUUUUAUGCUUUCGCAGUUUCAGUGCCAGGAGGCAUGGCAGAUCUUUGACUCAUUGCCAAAAGCCCAAAAGGAAACACCUUGGGUCAUGGCUCAAAUGGGUCGCGCUCUUUAUGAGCAAGCUAAUUAUGCGGAUGCUGAACGUUAUUACAAGCGCAUCCGACAGAUAGCACCAACCAGGAAUGAAGACAUGGAGAUAUACUCGACCAUUUUGUGGCAUCUGAAGCGCGAAACUGAUCUCGCGUUUCUCGCUCACGAAUUGAUUGAUGCUUCGUGGCAAUCAGCUCAGGCAUGGUGUGUAUUGGGUAACUCCUGGUCGCUUGCACGAGAUCACGAACAAGCUCUUCGAUGCUUCAAACGAGCUACACAACUCGAUUCCAAGUUCGCCUAUGCGUUCACCCUUCAAGGACACGAACAUGUCGCCAAUGAAGAAUACGACAAGGCUCUUGUAUCAUACAGAAACGGUAUGGCCGCUGACAAGCGGCAUUACAAUGCUUGGUAUGGUGUUGGACGGGUGUAUGAAAAGCUUGGGAAUUAUGACAAAGCAUUCGCACAUUUCAAUGCAGCUUCCGUUAUCAACCCAACGAAUGCAGUAUUGAUAUGCUGCAUUGGAACUGUUCUAGAAAAACAAAAGCAACCACGCCAAGCCUUGAGUUAUUACACGAAGGCAACUGAAUUGGCACCUCGAUCGGCCUUGACGAGAUUUAAGAAGGCACGCGCACUUAUGGCAAUAGGGGAGCUCCAAUCAGCACUCAAAGAACUGAUGAUUUUGAAAGAUAUGGCCCCGGAUGAGGCCAUGGUACAUUUCCUCCUUGGGAGACUCUACAAAGCUUUGAGGGAGAAGGGUUCAGCUGUUCGUCAUUUCACAAUUGCGCUAAACCUGGACCCCAAGGUGAGUUUGUCGUACACUCCACAUCCUCUAAUUCUUACUAAUAUCUUUUAGGCAAGCCAGAAUAUCAAAGAGGCAAUCGAGAGUCUGGAAGACGACGAUGACGACGAUGAAACGAGUAUGAUGGCGUAAUGUUCUCAGUGCAAUCGUCUCUUGACUUUCGGAAAAGCGAGCAAAAGUUCGCCUUUGUAGGCUUGGUACUACCGUCAUUUCCUAAUAAGAUUCAUCAAAAUGCGCUUCUACAUCUCUUCUUGAGGUGUUUUUGAUAAUAACUUUCUCUAAGUACUCCCGGCGUGGUAUGAUGAUACGAUAUGGACGAUUGUGAGGGAGC